GAGGGCCAUACCCAUAUCCACGCAUGUAAUCGACCCAGUCUUUGCCAGUCCUUGAGGUCUUGGUGUGUCUGUCGCGCCAUCAUCUCCAGUCGAGUCUUUCCAACUAUCCCCUUCUCUUAUCUUCUUUCUCAACCGACAUCAUCGACGACUCUACCGCCGCUCUCCCAGUCAGCCCUUGUUGACUGCAGUCGUCUGAGUCGCUUCUACUUUUCUCUGCCGGAGAUUCUCCGCCUUCCGAGAUUUCCACCUUGCGACUCGACCCUGCUCACCCCAUCUCCACUGGCCUCCAACCUUCCAUAUGAUAGUCCUCUGGCCCACUGAAUUUCAAUGCCAACUCAUGCAUCAAAUGCAUCAGACAGUGCCCAACCUGAGGCCAGUUUAAUUCGACCGAGCGCCUCCUGCCCGCUUCCCACUCCUCCGUCAGACGACCAUGGCAUCGCCCCGCUAAUCGAUGGCAUCAUCCAAGACGAGCCAUGCAGCAACAAUGAAGCUCCUUCGGUUGGUGUGAGCGGUGAUAAUACAGCUGCGGGAAUGUCGCAUUUACAAGAAGAAACCAUGUACAUGUCGCUGCAGUCCACCCAUGACACAAUGCGUACAAACCCUCGAGACCAAGAUCUUGACCUUAAUCUGGUCGGCGCAAGCUCGAGGGAUUUGGCGGACGAUCUGAACAACAAAUCAGUUGAACAAGAAGUGCUCAACUCAGAUGUGCUUAACUCGCGAGCAGAAUUCUAUGUCCCUGUCACAGCAGGCGACCAAUGGCGGAUGGAGCAAGGGCUUAGGUCCGAUCCGGUGGCCACCGCCGACAAGUCACCAACAACUUCCAACUCUUCAAGUCCUGCAUCGUCUGUGCAAGAUCGGAAACGAGGUUUCUGUGGCACACCAAGUAGUCCAGGACUACCGAGAAUUGACCAAGAGUUGAACUGGUCCGCCGAUCAAGGACAUGAGAAUUUCUCCCACCGGUGUCUGCGUCCGCAGUAUCCUUCAGCAACUUUCCAACCUUACUCUGUGUUCAAAGGGACGCAACAAUCAGACAGACAGACCUACAAUGUCGAAGUGACUAUUCUCACCGUGGAUAUUGAGCAGGCCAGCAUGUCUGGAUAUCUACAAAUUUGUGGCUUGACACCGGAUCAUCCCACUUUGACCACUUUUUUCACCGGCGAGAUCAUCGGCGGCCCAGAUCAACGUUACACUUUUCGAACGGGCGACCCGUCUUGGGGAGCCAGCGAUAAGACUGAUCUCACCCACUGGGCUCGGUUUCCCGCAUGGCGCCCACUCAGCCUCCAAGCGAAGCGAAACAUCAACUUUGCGUAUCCCACGAACCACGAGGAUUGGUGGCAGCAAGAACACAUUUUCAUGAGAUGGAAGGAACACUUCCUGGUUCCUGACUACAAACUCAAGAGCAUCCAAGGAGCGAGCUUCGAGGGGUUUUAUUACAUCUGCUUUAAUCAAGUCGAGGGACGAGUGAGUGGAAUUUAUUUCCAUUCCAAGAGCGAAAGGUAUCAACAACUGGAAUUGAAGCACGAAGGCAAGCAAGGCGUUUGGGGCAGAGGGGUCUGUCCAGCAGUCGAGUUUCGCUAAUAGGCGGCGAUUGCGUUUGACGGAUCAAGGUUUGUAAUCAUGUAUGUUGAAAUCUAUGUGUAUACGAAUUUGAACGGAAAGGUUUUUUGUUUUUUGAUCCUCCGUGGGCUGCCGUUUGUAAACUGUCGACUCUCCCUUUACGUCAAUGGAAUAAUCCUAAUUGACCCUCGAAGAGCUUUGCGAUAGAUUGUUGCAGGUGGACACGUGAUACAUCCAAAAGGUCACGAGUCUUCUCGAGUUUAGAACUAAAAGUCCUUGGGCAAACUACAGAUUUGUUGAAGAUAAGCAGACACAGAUUUUAGUUAGAGGUUGAGCCCUUGUCGGUCUGUUGGCGCUAACAAGUCACCAUCUCUGACAUGUCGAACGCUCAUGGGUGUAGUGGGAUGGAGAUGGGCAGAACUUGUUUAUCAAAAGUAUCAGGUGAUCAGGUGUCGAGUGGGGAGUCUAUAUGGAUGCCAUUGGUUGUUGUCAUUAUUGACAAAGUCAUAAGGAUCGAAUUGACCUGCACAUGCAUUCUCGCGUGGGAAAGCAUUGAUAGAAUCUUGCGUCUGACAGGUCACAGGCACAGAUGACAACGACCGCACCUCGCCAGCGUGGCUAGGGCACAGAUCGGUGGGCUCUUCCAAAGUCACUUGCAGAAGACGAAGCUUUGCUUGGAAUGAUACAGCGACAGGCCAACUCGACUUUUGUUCUUGUCGACGACCCUGAGUGGCAACAAUUGCCAUGCGUCUCUAAAGUCUGGAUGGAGUCGAAUGGACCUAAUAAUAAUAAAAUUGGAGCUGGUGGUUCGAAAUAUGGGGUUGGAGUCUGGAG